AUGUGCGCUGCAAAUGGGGUUGCCAAGCUAUUGGUUGGCCAAAACGGAAUCCUUUCAACACCAGCUGUAUCCCACCUAAUAAGAAAAUAUAAAACACUGGGUGGGAUCGUCCUGACCGCCUCGCACAACCCGGGCGGCGCGGACAACGAUUUCGGCGUCAAGUUCAACUGUGCGAACGGUGGCCCGGCGCCUGACGCCACCACCGACGAAAUAUACUCCCUCACCACCACCAUAAAGCAGUACAAGAUCGUGCCCAACCUGGUGUGCGCCGUGGACAAGAUCGGAGUGCAGACCUUCACGGUUGAAGGCCGCCAAUUCGUCGUGGAGGUGAUAGAUCCAGUGAACGACUAUGUCAACUACAUGAAGGAGAUCUUCGACUUUGAGAGGAUCAAGGAGCUCAUCCAAGGCUCGGAGAAGAGGAAGCCGUUCAAAGUGCUCAUCGAUUCUAUGAGUGGAGUGACCGGACCCUACGUGGAGAGGGUGUUCGUGGGCGAGCUGGGCGCGGGGGCCGGCAGUGUGAGGAGGACGGUGCCGCUGGAGGAUUUCGGCGGGGGCCAUCCGGACCCCAACCUCACGUAUGCGGCGGACCUCGUGGACGCCGUCAGGAAUGGCGGCUACGACUUCGGGGCGGCGUUCGACGGCGACGGCGACCGCAACAUGAUAAUCGGCCGCGACGCCUUCUUCGUGACGCCGUCGGACUCGCUGGCCGUGCUGGCGGACAACCUGCACCUCAUCCCCUACUUCGGGGGCGAGGGGCGGAGCGCCCGGGGCUUCGCCCGGAGCAUGCCCACCGCCGCGGCGGUGGACCGGGUCGCCGCCAAGCGCGGCAUGGAGAUGUUCGAAGUGCCAACCGGCUGGAAGUACUUCGGCAACCUGAUGGACGCGGGGCGGCUGUCGCUGUGCGGCGAGGAGAGCUUCGGCACGGGCUCGGACCACGUGCGAGAGAAGGACGGCCUGUGGGCCGCGCUGGCGUGGCUCUCCGUCCUCGCCGGCUCCGGCCGCUCUGUGCGCGAGACGCUGCAGGCCCACUGGGCGGCCUACGGCAGGAACUACUUCACGAGUUCGCGAGGUGAGUACGAUAGCACAGGCGAUCUGGUUAGUUCGCGAGUUCGCGAGGUGAGUACGAUAGCACAGGCGAUCUGGUUAGUUCGCGAGGUGAGUACGAUAGCACAGGCGAUCUGGUUAGUUCGCGAGGUGAGUACGGUAGCACAGGCGAUCUGGUUAGUUCGCGAGGUGAGUACGAUAGCACAGGCGAUCUGGUUAGUUCGCAAGGUGAGUACGCUAGAACAGGCGAUCUGGUUAGUUCGCGAGGUGAGUACGAUAGCACAGGCGAUCUGGUUAGUUCGCGAGGUGAGUACGGUAGCACAGGCGAUCUGGUUAGUUCGCGAGGUGAGUACGAUAGCACAGGCGAUCUGGUUAGUUCGCGAGGUGAGUACGGUAGCACAGGCGAUCUGGUUAGUUCGCGAGGUGAGUACGAUAGCACAGGCGAUCUGGUUAGUUCGCAAGGUGAGUACGCUAGAACAGGCGAUCUGGUUAGUUCGCGAGGUGAGUACGAUAGCACAGGCGAUCUGGUUAGUUCGCGAGGUGAGUACGGUAGCACAGGCGAUCUGGUUAGUUCGCGAGGUGAGUACGGUAGCACAGGCGAUCUGGUUAGUUCGCGAGGUGAGUACGAUAGCACAGGCGAUCUGGUUAGUUCGCAAGGUGAGUACGCUAGAACAGGCGAUCUGGUUAGUUCGCGAGGUGAGUACGAUAGCACAGGCGAUCUGGUUAGUUCGCGAGGUGAGUACGAUAGCACAGGCGAUCUGGUUAGUUCGCGAGGUGAGUACGAUAGCACAGGCGAUCUGGUUAGUUCGCGAGGUGAGUACGAUAGCACAGGCGAUCUGGUUAGUUCGCGAGGUGAGUACGGUAGCACAGGCGAUCUGGUUAGUUCGCGAGGUGAGUACGAUAGCACAGGCGAUCUGGUUAGUUCGCAAGGUGAGUACGCUAGAACAGGCGAUCUGGUUAGUUCGCGAGGUGAGUACGAUAGCACAGGCGAUCUGGUUAGUUCGCGAGGUGAGUACGGUAGCACAGGCGAUCUGGUUAGUUCGCGAGGUGAGUACGAUAGCACAGGCGAUCUGGUUAGUUCGCGAGGUGAGUACGGUAGCACAGGCGAUCUGGUUAGUUCGCGAGGUGAGUACGAUAGCACAGGCGAUCUGGUUAGUUCGCAAGGUGAGUACGCUAGAACAGGCGAUCUGGUUAGUUCGCGAGGUGAGUACGAUAGCACAGGCGAUCUGGUUAGUUCGCGAGGUGAGUACGGUAGCACAGGCGAUCUGGUUAGUUCGCGAGGUGAGUACGGUAGCACAGGCGAUCUGGUUAGUUCGCGAGGUGAGUACGAUAGCACAGGCGAUCUGGUUAGUUCGCAAGGUGAGUACGCUAGAACAGGCGAUCUGGUACGACUACGAGGAGUGCGCGAGUGGGCCGUGCGGCGAGAUGAUGGCGGCGCUGGAGGCCCGGCUGCUGGGCCAGGGCUUCGUCGGCUCCAAGCUGACGGCGCCUGGGGGCAGGCAGUACGUGGUGCGGCUGGCGGACAACUUCGAAUACACCGACCCGGUGGACGGCAGCGUGGCCAGGAAGCAGGGUCUUCGCGUUGUGUUCGAGGAUGGGUCCCGAAUUGUGGUGCGGCUGAGCGGCACCGGCAGCGCUGGCGCCACCGUGCGCCUUUACAUAGAGGCGUACGAGGCGUCCGAUGUGGAGGGAGACGCGCAGAAAGUGCUGGAGCCUCUGGUCGGUGUAGCCCUCGAGCUGACCCAGCUGCCGCGCUACACGGGCCGCGACAAACCCACCGUCAUCACCGUUGUGCCAAAGGUCGCGCGGGCGAAUACAGGGUGUCCUGGCGGACCGAAUGCAAUUGACGUCACCCGCCUAGUCCGUGAUGAAGAACUGCGCGAGGAGGUCGCGCGGGCGAAUACAAGGUGUCCUGGCGGACCGAAUGCAAUUGACGUCACCCGCCUAGUCCGUGAUGAAGAACUGCGCGAGGAGGUCGCGCGGGCGAAUACAGGGUGUCCUGGCGGACCGAAUGCAAUUGACGUCACCCGCCGCCUAGUCCGUGAUGAAGAACUGCGCGAGGAGGUUGGCCGCGCCGGCAAUGGCAGUGAAUUUCAUCAGCCACCUGGA